GGGUUCGGGAUACACAUACGCAAGACAAAGUGAAACUUGGGAAAUCCGAACAUUUCGAGAAUGAUAACAAAGAUAAGGAUUAAGUGAUGAUCGAUUUCUAACUGCUGAAAUUAUUGUACCCUUGUAUGAAUAUUGUCCGAUUAUGUAAAAUCUUGACGCAGGAUCGUGGCAACGAAAUAUAGACCUAUUGCGUCUUUAUAGCCUCUUUCAGUCUUUGGAAGGUCUCGCGAUCUCAUGGAGUAGACCUACACGCAUGGAAGGAGAUGAACUGUCACAGCCAGAACAUCACUACAUUGCAUCCUUGUCUCUCAGCCAUGGUGUCCCCCUUACCUGGGGCCCAGAACUGUCAAUUGCAGCCUGUAGGAAUCAGUAACCAGGAGCUUGAAAGCUUGCUGGCCAAACCUGCCAAAGAGCUGCCUGCACAAGUCUUUCGUGAACUUGGCAAUAAACUUCAACCAAUGACUUUUGGAGUAUGUACAGGUGAUUGGAUCCACGUGGCGGAACUUCUUGGAUUUUCACGAGAACAGAUCGAGAAUUUGGAGGCAUGGUCUAAAUCAAAGCACGAGCCCCCGGGCUUUCUUAUGUUGAUGGAAUGGUGUAAACAUGAAUACAGCAGUUCCCUGUUUAUCCUGCGAGACACACUGUGGUCCUGUGGUCGCCAUGAUUGUGUCUCCCUGCUGGAUGGAAAGAUUGAGGAUAUAAUGUUCAUGCACCUCUAUCUACGAAUCAUCGACAACUCACAUCCCUCCUCGCAGAUGCGCUUAUUGAAGGUUCGCACUAAAUGUGAUGCAACCAUCAGGGAAAGUCUUCAGAAUCUGCUGGGCGGGGACUCUGAUGAUAGUGAAUAUGAAUUAGUGGACACACCCCUUCUAUCAAAAGCAAAACGUUUCAAGGGAAAACAGAUCACUCUCAGGAAGAAGAAUCGAACACAAUCGGACAUUUUACCACUUAAUAUUACAUCAAGUGAAAGUUCCAACUCCAACAACAGCACAACAGACAGCAAUAUCACUACACCAAUGUAUCUCCCUCAGACACAUGACACACCAACGUAUCACCCACAGACACAGGAUACAUCAACGUAUCACCCACAGACACAGGAUACAUCAAUGUAUCACCCACAGACACAGGAUACAUCAACGUAUCACCCACAGACACAGGAUACAUCAACGUAUCACCCACAGACACAGGAUACAUCAACGUAUCACCCACAGACACAGGACACAGACUCGACAGUCAGACUGAACGAGACAAAUCCUUGUAGACUGGAUGAAAGUAACGUACAAGCAAAUCCACCAAGAACCUGUGUUGGCACAAUAAGGAAGAUUAAUUAUAUCACAGAAGACUGUGUUCAGUGUGGCAAAAUCAGGACUAUGAGUCAGAGGCAUGUCAGCGAAACGUCUUCCACCAUCAGAACUGACACUCGGUGUCCUUACUGCAAUCGUUCGUCAUCUACUGUCACCCAACCACCAUUUGCUCAGAUAGACACAAGAAUUUCAUAUCAGCAGCUAGUCUCUGAUACCCAGGAAAUACCUCCUACUGUCAAAGACGCUUCACCGUGUCAUCGAGUUCACUUAUGUUCAAGUGACUCAGGUGACACAGAAGUAACAUUCGUGAAACAGCUACACAGAGGAGAGGAAAGUUUGUCAAAGGGCAAGACAAACACAAACUCUUACACACAGCUGCCUUCUGCUCCUCCCUCCAGCAGCGGCGUGCAGAAAUAUCCAAAUAACUAUCAGGAAAAUGCUGUCAUACCAAUGACUCAAAUAAAACGACAGCGGUCAGUUUCAGAGCCACCAGAUCUUUUGGUGGCUGACCUUGAAAGUAAAUUUGACCAAUCAAUGACAACAUCUUCAUCUUUUGAAAUCCCAAAACGGUCCAAGAAGCGUAAAGUGGAACUAUCGUACCAGGAAAUCUGUGAAAUAUUGAGAAAUUUUCCUGGAUGGGAUCCUAGUGAAACAGAAAAUAAGGUUGAGCAGUCUAUGACCCGUUACUGCAAAGAAGAUGGGAACUAUGUAGUUUGGUAUAUGAGGGAAGCUCAUCGUCUCGUAGUAACAGUCAGCCACAUGGGGAAGUUGGUCCAUUACGUGGUUUUCUCAGAGCGACACAGCAACGGUCAAGAUUGGCACUAUUUUUUUGCAGAGCAUAAAUUCCCUGAUAUUCGCUCCUUGUUAAGAUAUCACAUGGAAAAUGGCCUUGACCCCCAGGUGGCCCAGAGAGGUGAAGGUCGAAGAGAUUUCGAUAUACAACGGAAUUUACGAAGCAGUCGAAAAGAAGCGAUUUUGUCUCAUGUUUCUCUGAAAUAUCCGCGGCGUCCACAGCCUGCCAAAGCAAGCGAUAUAUUUUAACACUUCGCACCAUAUGGCUACAUUUAGUUCUGAUUAACUAAUAUCAUAAGACAUGUACAACAUGUAUUGACAAACCAAUUAUGUAGCAUCCGACUCAUCGAGCUACUAAAAACUAAUGGUAAUACCAAACCAAUUAUAUAGCAUCUGACUCACCGGGCUAGUAAAAACUAAUAGUAUUAUGAAAAAGUACAGUAUAUAUUUGAAUUUAUUUUAUUUGUUCAAGAACCUUGUACAUGUACAUUGUAUGUAAUAACUUUUACUAAAUGAUCUGUCAUGUGACUUAUAUUUUUAUUGGCUUCACUACUCACUUACAUGUGUAUCUGAUAUUUUACAUGUAACUUUUAAUACAAGAUCUGUUACUGUGGUAUUUUAUUCCCUACUCACUUUUAUCUAAUGUUUUACAAAUGGCUUUACUCAUGGAGUAUAAAUAUAGAUUAUUAUGUUUGAUAUUUUUAAUUGAAGUUUAAUUUUGUUAUGUUGAAUAUGAACAUUCUUUUCGGUGGUUGUCUAUCUAAGUCUAACUACAUGUAUCAUGUUGCUCACUUUUAUUAUAUACAUGUAAUGGUGGAUCUUCUGUGGAGAUUUUUAAAAUGUAUUUUACCUCAGUAUUGGUAUGUUGUGUUUUUUAAAAAUGAUAUUAAAAUGUCUUUAUUUCU